CCACGCAAGCAGAGUUGCGUGAUAUGAGCACAAGAAGAGAGAGAACGGAGCGUUUUGGAAGCUCCUUCAACCUGGGGCGUCGUCCGUUCAAGCUGGUGGUUCCGGAGGCAGCGGUUGGCGACGGUGAAGAAAGCAAAGAUGGAGAGCGCGUCAAAAGAGAAUACUGUUUGUCAAAGGAAGUUCUCAGAAGCUAUAGUUCAAGUUCCCUUGCUUGGUCUCGUGAACAGGAGAGGCUCGCGUGUCGUGUGUCGAUUGUCGGAGCAAGCUCUCUUCGAGUUAGCAAGGUGCUCUGCCUGGUCUCGUGAAUAGGAGAAGAUCGCGUUUCGUUUGUCGAUAGUCGGAGCGGUUCUCUUCGAGUUGGCAGAGUGUUCUUCUUCCGGUUCGUUCGUCGAAGGAAGGUUUAUUUAUCUGCUUUAUUAACUAUUUGUUGUAAUCUGUGAAACAUCUUUUUAGUGGAAUUGUUAAUCACUUUUUAUAGUGAUUAACGACUGGACGUAGAUUCUUUUGAUUCGAACCAGGAUAAAAAUCCAGUGUAUCAAUUUUUCUACUCUCUAUACUCUUUACCUUUUACGCAUGUUAAUUGUUUGAUUAAUUUUCUCUAAGAAAAUUGUUUUUCUAAAACGAACCAUCAAAACUUGAUUUGUGACCGUAACACGCUUUCCGAAUAUUUUAUUCCGCUGCGCAACUCUAUAACGGUACCGAUUGUUCCAACAAUUGGUAUCAGAGCUUGCUUUGAUAUUUUUUCAAAUUCUUUCGAAAAUGGCCGGUCAUCAAAAUCAAGUAUAUGCCGAGGGUGCUUCCAUCAACAGACCACCACUCUUUACUGGUGAUAACUAUGCAUUCUGGAAAGUCAGAAUGAAAAUUUUUAUGGGGUCUGUUGACAGAGGCAUCUGGGAAGCUGUGCUAAAUGGUCCCUAUAUUCCUAAAAGAACUGUUGAUGGUGUAGAAGUAGAAAAACCAUACUUUAACUGGACUCCUGAGGAAAAUAGAAGAGCCCAAUUUGAUAUUAAGGCUCGUAAUAUUAUUUCAUCUGCUGUUGUACUUGAUGAAUUUUAUAGAAUUUCAAUAUGUAAGACAACACAGGAAAUGUGGGAGGUCCUCAGAGUCACACAUGAGGGUACAGACGACGUGAAACGUGCAAGGAAGAAUACACUCAUCCAGGAGUAUGAGAUGUUCAGAAUGCAACCUGGAGAACCAAUUUCUGAUGUCCAGAAGCGUUUCACUCACAUUGUGAACCACCUAACAGGUUUAGGUAAGACUUUUGACACUGAUGAAUUGAAUGUGAAAAUUUUGAAAUCAUUAGACAGGUCUUGGCAACCAAAGGUGACUGCCAUCUCGGAGUCUCAAAACCUCACUCAGAUGUCAACGGCGAUUCUCUUUGGAAAGCUUCGUGAGCAUGAGCUUGAGCUGAAAAGAUUAACUACAGAAGAGGAUCAAGGCAAAAGAAAGACACUUGCCUUCAAAUCUGAAAUUUCAAAAGGAAAAAGUUAUAAGAGAAUUGAGGAUGAUGAUUCCGAUAACGAUGAGGAAAACAUGAGUCUUAUGAUUAAGAAGUUUGCUAAAUUUAUGAAAGCAAAGGGAAAAGACAAAUACCGUGGAGAAAGGAAAGAAAAUCAAGGAUCUCCAUCAAGCGUUAAAUGUUAUGGAUGUGGAGAAAGAGGACAUAUGAAGACUGAUUGUCCUAAUAAUAGGAAAAGUGAAGAAAAGAAGGAGAGAAAAUUUCAAAGAAGAAGAAAGCUUACAUAGCUUGGGAAGACAAUGCUUCUAGUUCUUCAAGUUCAAGCAAUUCAGAUGAAGAAGCUAAUUUGUGCUUAAUGGCAGACUCAGAAGAUGCAGGAAGCCAAGUAAGUGAUUCUAGCUUAGAGUCAAGUGAUGAAUUUGAUUUACAAAAGACAUUUCUUGAUUUGUUAAAUGAAUCUGAAAAACUUGAUGUUGCUCAUAAAAAGUUAAAGAAAGAGCAUAAUGAAUUGAAAUUGAAGUAUGAAAAAGUACUAGAUGACGAAGUUGUUUUGAGAAACAAAGUUAGUAAUCUAGAAACUAAGUUAUCUGAAUCUGAUGUUGUUGUACAACCUGUUGAAUGUUUAUCGUGUAAAAGUCAUAUGUUUGAUAUUGACAUUCUUGAGAAUUUACUUGCAAAGGCAACUAAGUCUAAGUCACAUGCCAAAACAAACUUUGAGAGAAGCAAUGCUAGAAGUGGAAACACGCAUUUACACAAAAAGUCUAAAGUGAUAAGAACUCGUAGGGUAUGGGUUGAAAAAGGAAUUGUGUCUUAUAGAAACCCAAAUGUUGUCACAUGCUUUUAUUGUAUGAAAAAGGGGCACACUUCUAACAAAUGUAGAAUUAAACAUUUUGAUGUUCCAAAUGGAAAAUAUGCUUGGAUUCCUGUUAUAAAGUAAAUUGUCUCUAAUCUUAAAGGACCCAAAUG